UGGAAACAGUCCUAGAUAGGAACCUAUAAGAGGGACUCACAGUUUAGUCUGGGACCAGUUUGUGGGGGAGGCAUUUUGGACUUUGGAGAAUCCCUGUGUGAGUGUUUUGUGUAACCAUGUGUUCGGGUGGCUUCGCAAAGUGUCUGGGCAUCAGCCUGAUCCCCCUGGCCAUCCUCUGCGUGUUCUGUAACAUCCUACUCUUCUUCCCUGGGGGGAUGAUCGUCAGUGACAACGCCCACAUUACUCCCGAGGUGUGGUACUUUGGGGGCAUCUUGGGAUCUGGUGUUCUGAUGAUCUUCCCAGCACUGGUCUUCCUGGGACUGAAAAACAAUGACUGCUGUGGUUGCUGUGGAAAUGAGAGUUGUGGAAAGAGAUUUGCUAUGUUCACCUCUAUCAUCUUCGCUGCAUUGGGGGUGUUGGGGGCUGGCUACUCCUUCAUCGUGUCUGCUGUUGCCGUUCAUAACGGACCGACUUGUCUCUUUUAUAAUGAAACAUGGACCAACCCCUUCAAUGAUGGUGACUACUUGUAUAACCACACUCUGUGGGACUCCUGUAAGGAGCCUGUGGGCAUUGUGACCUGGCAUCUGACCCUGUUCUCCAUGCUGCUGGUCAUGAGCCUGAUUCAGGCUGUACUCUGUGCCAUCCAGGUUAUUAAUGGACUCAUCGGGGCCAUCUGUGGUGACUGCUGUGGCUGCUGCGGGAGUACUGACGGCGCAGUCUGAUGAACUUUGGGCGUUUCAGAAAAAGAUUUCUUAUAUUACCAGCAACAUCAACCGGCUUUUAUUUACAUGUAUAUUUUUACUUUUUUUCCCUUCUUACAAUUUCCUAUGUUGAGUAUUUAUUUAACAAAUAUGUAGUUCCUUAAGAGAACAAGUAUAAUACAUUUAAUGUAAUCACUGUAAAGUUUUAAUGGAAUUACUUUGUAUUGGAAUUAAUUAGUUAAUUAUGAUAUACCACAUGUAAUAUCACCCUGGGAACCUAAAGUACUCCUGACAUUCGAUUCUAGAAAAACACACACACAAAAAUAUAGGUUUUUGACAAGUGUUUACACAGAUGACCACACCUGCGUCAGCCUUAUUGAUCAGGCAUUUGGGUUAGGUCAGAAUGUUAUCCCGGGUAGUUCCUGUUAAUGGAGAGCCAUGGUUAGUCUUCCUCCUCUGUGUCAAUAUUUACUGGACAGUCAUGGACUGAUGAGGAGUCUGUCACUUUCGGUUAUCAGUGACUUUGUCGGGACACCCAUUCUUGUUAUAAAAUUUCGCAUUAACAUUCAAAUUAUUCGUUGUGUACAGUAUUCAAAUAUUAAUACUUUUUAUAUAUCUGGUUCAGGGUUGACCUAGUUGGCUGCUGUGUUACCAGCCUGGUCCACGAGGUACGGCAUGAUAUUACGAUGGUGGUGGAUGUUCUGUUCUGUGUAGAAGACACCAUCUUAUGUUGACUAGAUGUUGUGACAUUGUGAGUCAUUGUUGGUUUUGUGUGAACCUGAACCAGGAUGUGAGCAUAGAGGUAAUAAACGGUAUAUCUUCUCAUAUUCGUUCAACUGAAAUUCCCAUUAGUCAGCCCUGAAAAGGUAUCCAAAUGGUUGUUUCGACAUGUUUGCACAGUUGGUUAAUAGGAAUUUCAGUUGAAGAGAUACUGGGCUCAGAGAACCUCCUCUUUCCCCAGAUCCUGUGUCAGUGUAAUCCAUGGGUGGUGAUAUCAAGAUUGACAGAAACUGCAUCAAUAAAAACAACAGACGAACCACA